UUACCUUUCCUCUGCCACGGUAAGCGGGGAGGCCAGGAAACCAGUGCUGACCGGUGCUGUGCUGAGUAUGGAACUGGUCGUGGCAGGAGUGGGCACAUCGUGGCAGAGAAGUCAGGGCCUCCGCGCUCCGGAUUUGGCUAAAGGAAAAGUCGGGCUUCCACCUCGUUUCCCUCCCUACCCUCCAAGUCCCCUCCCGACGCCGAGUGUUGAGACUGUUGGCUGCUGCCCCUUUAAGAGCCGCCACUCCCCCCACCCCCCAGCGGUGGCACCCAGUGUGGGGGUGUGUGGGGGGGCUGAGCUUCCUCUCCGUCAACCAGGGAAGAUGGCCCAGGCCAAGGAGAUCUCUCCCACGCCCCACUGCCCCCUCCCCUGAGUCGCGUGAGCUGGGAGGCCCCUUACCUCUUUCCCUCCCGCCCCACGCGCGACGUGGGAAUGGCUCCGCGGCCUGACGCGAACAGCUCUCUGGCCUCGUGGCCAGAUGCCCCCACCCUGGCGCCCAAUUCUGCCAACACGAGUGGGCUGUCAGGGGUGCCGUGGGCAGCGGCGUUGGCGGGGGCGCUGUUGGCGCUGGCGGUGCUGGCCACCGUGGGAGGCAACCUGUUGGUCAUCGUGGCCAUCGCCCGGACGCCGAGGCUCCAGACCAUGACCAACGUGUUCGUGACUUCUCUGGCCGCAGCCGACCUGGUCGUGGGACUCCUGGUAGUACCGCCGGGGGCCACCUUGGCGCUGACCGGCCACUGGCCCCUGGGCGCCACCGGUUGCGAGCUGUGGACCUCGGUGGACGUGCUGUGCGUGACCGCCAGCAUCGAAACCCUGUGCGCCCUGGCGGUGGACAGAUACCUGGCCGUGACCAACCCGCUGCGCUACAGCGCGCUGGUCACCAAACGCCGCGCCCGCGCCGCCGUGGUGUUGGUGUGGGUCGUGUCCGCGGCGGUGUCCUUUGCGCCCAUCAUGAGCAAAUGGUGGCGCGUGGGGGCCGACGCCGAGGCGCAGCGUUGCCACUCCAACCCGCGCUGCUGCGCCUUCGCCGCCAACAUGACCUACACGCUGCUCUCCUCCUCCGUCUCCUUCUACCUUCCGUUGCUGGUGAUGCUCUUCGUCUACGCGCGAGUUUUCGUCGUGGCGACGCGCCAGCUGCACUUGCUGCGUCGGGAGCUGGGACGCUUCCCGCCAGAGGAGUCCCCGUCGGCUGCACGGCGCUGUCGGGCCCCAGCCCAGGAGGGGCCGUGCGCUCCGCCCGCAGCGGGGCCCUCCGGCAGCCGGCGGCCGGCGCGCCUCCUGCCUCUCCCGGAACACCGGGCCCUGCGCACCUUGGGCCUCAUCAUGGGUACCUUCACUCUCUGCUGGUUGCCCUUCUUUGUGGCCAACGUGGUGCGCGCCCUUGGGGGCCCCUCCCUGGUUCCCGACCAGGCUUUCCUGGCCCUUAACUGGCUGGGCUACGCCAACUCUGCCUUCAACCCGCUCAUCUACUGCCGCAGCCCCGACUUUCGCUGCGUCUUCCGCCGCUUGCUGCGCCGCGGCCGGCGGGAGGAGCGCCCCGCUGCCGGCGCCCCUUCCUGGACCCCUGCGGCCCCGGCCCGCCCUUCCGAGUCCCGGCCGUGCCCACCGCUCAACGAGGCUUCCUGGGGAAUUUCUUAGGCCUUGAAGGACAAGAAACAAGAGCUCCGUUGAUCAUUGAUCCAGAAUCUUUGGAAAGCUCUGGCCUCUGUUUAGAACGAGCCCCCGUGGAGUUUCCCAGCUGGAAAACUCUGCCCUCCAGAACCUGAUGACUGGGCCACGGAUGAGGAGGUGGGGACCGACUGGGAGGAGAAGCCUUACCAAGCGGGCAUUUUGCCAUCCCCUCUCUUUCUUUCUGAGAGAAGAUUUUUAAAUCCCAUUCCUGAACUUCACCAAUACCUCAGCAGCUAGAGGGUCGGGCUGCCUGUGCCCAGCUGCCCUUGGAGCGGUAGGGCUGGCUUUGGCCGGGCACCUUGCUCACUUGUGUGCAUGUGCUUAGGGCAGAGAGAGUACCCCUCAUUCUACGCCCCCCCCCAGCCCCCACCUGAUGAACCACUCAGUGUCCUCUAGGCUUGGCAGCCCAGGCUGAGAGCAGGAAGCUAAAAAAGGUCAAGGUUUGGGAUUUUUGUCCCUGGCUUCCUCACCAGGGCUCUCUAAGCACCAGCCUCCCUCACUUUAGACACAGAAUAGCUCCGAUCUACCUCACAACAGUGUCAGAAGGACUUCUUCAGGGUUUGGGGGGACUCCAGGGUUCAUAGAAGGUGAACCAUUAGAAUGGAUCCCUUCUUUACAUUUUUAAAUCGACUUAAUAAAUAUUAUUGAAUGCAGUUCAUCCAUUGCCUUCUCUUCUCUCCAUUUGUUUUCUUUCCAUAAUCCACUUACUUCUGAGCGCUGGCUUUCGACAGCGGCAAUAAAUUAGGACUAAUCCUUGUUCCUUUCUUCCUAACCCUCGUGAAAUGAAAAUGAAACAUCUGCUUGGAUAAAGGGGAGCGAGCUUGAGCCGCUGAUACUCCUGCCUCCCCAUCCUUUCCAAAACUCCUGGAAUCCAGUUCAAGUGAGUAGCAAAGCCAUGUUACCCACAGGACUUGAGCAGAGUGUCCAAGGAAUUGCGUUUGCUGGGCUCAGGAUCAGGGCACAUGGAGCAUAUGUCAGCUCCCAUGCUAUAAGCCGGUGGCGGCUUCCUACGAUCCCGGUGCCAGCAGGAACCAGUUUUAUUCUGCACUGUACGUGUUCAUUUCUGGAGGCACGGAGCACUGUUUGUGUUGGGCAUAUGUCUUGGGCUAUAAAUAUAUUCUGACAUUUCCCAUUCUUUUCCUAACCUCUACCUCCCCACUCCCUUUCCUGGGCUGCAGAAAUCUAUAGUAUCCUCUGGAAGUAAAACUGGAGUUACAAGUUUGAGCCAGUUGAUCAUUGUUUUCCUUAUUCCAAUUUUUAUGAAUCUUAUCAGGCAGUUUUCCAUGGAAAGCACAUUUUUAUGGAAAUCACUGGAUCUUUCUGUGAGUUCUUAUUUAAACCCCAUUGAACAGAGGCCAUUGUCUGGACUGAUAUACAGGAUAACCUGUAAAUCAUAAACAAGUUUAAUGUGCUGAAUGACAGCAGCGUACAAUGCAUUGGCUAGGUUCAGGAGCUCCAGAGUUAUAAAACUUCGAUCUGCCCUGAGGAUAAGCUCGGUGGAUGUCCACAUAUGGGUGUUCCCUGUGAAUUGGACCUGGCCUCGGCUGUUCUCUUUUCUCCAGGAGCCCAGGUUUUAUUUCUUAGGAUGUUUGCAUACCAAAGAUGGCUUUCUCCUUUUCAACCCAGGCCAGUGUGAGAUCUCUGCUGUCUGAGGUGUGGAAGGUUUCUGGGCAAGGACUCAACUUUUGAACCCUUAGUGGAGAAGGAAGUCUAGCUUUAGCCUGGGGAUAAGAGGGCCGCCUCUUCUAUCUCUGAAUAUUUUCUCAGCAUCACUGAAGAAAGUUGCCCAGUCAGUCCUAGGCAGGGGAGAAGGGUGAUUUGUCAGGGGGAAGAGGGAGGGAAUGGAGAAGGAUUCUGGUUUGUAGAACUGUUCUUGAACAUUAUCCAGGGACUCAUACUGCUUGAGUCUUGCUUGACAGAUACCCGUGUGCCAGCUGUCAGACUCCUUUGGAGUGUUUAGACUUGCACUGGAGCUGUGGACUCCAUCUGCGAAUUGUCACCAGUGUAUCUGACAGGUGGAGAGGCAACCUCUCUGGCUGUUUCUCCAGCAACUUGUGACCAGGUGUCAGGCUGAGAGAGAUUUACAUCCUUGGAUGGGGAGCAGGCUGCGUUUGUUAGCAUGAGGCCUGAGCACUUGAACUGUGGAAGACAAACAACCCUCCUCUGAACCUACAGCUGUGAAGACUUACAGACCGUUGAGAAUGAAAGAGCCCGUGGAAUCGCUGGUCUUGCCAGAGGCUGUUAGCAGGAGCUGGGCAUGGGGCAGAAAUGACAGGGAGAGGGGGCUGAGUUGGAAGAGAGGGAGUGAGGAGUGACUGGAUUUUCCAGAGGAACUGCUAAGGAGCAGGCAGAAUUAGGGCAUGGGGGAAGCCGAGAGACUUUUCUCAGGCUCCCCCCAUGGUAAAUUCUUCUGGGGAACGAAGGUAAGUUCAGACUGUGGUCCCCAUGAGCAGUCAGCAGGCUACAAUUCCACACCAACGUCAUUCCUCAACCCUUCAUAGAGUAGGAGCAGCUUCUUCCUCUUGUCCUGGGGGCACAGGCCAAGGCCAUGGAAAUAGUGCUUCUUUAUGUUUCCUUCCUGAAAACCAAAGAUCCAGGCUUCCUCUCAGGCCUCUGGUGGGUUAUGUCUGUGCUUGUGUCCAGAGGGGAAGUGGGUGCCUCCCAUGGAGAGUAUUGCUAAUGCUCCCCCCACUCCAGGCAUAAAGCCCUGGAUGUAGUCAGCUUUAGGCUAAUUAGUGAGUGGUUGAAGCAUAAUGCACAACUCAGUUUGAUUAGCAGAAACUCCAUAAGGCCAUCUGACCUUUCAUUAGCUCAUCCUGUUAGGCGAUUAAGGAAAAUCAAAAUGCUUCCCUCAUCUAUAAAAUAAAUGGAGAAUAACCCUUUCUCUCCUGUCUUGUCUUCAGAAGGAGAAUGAACGUUUCUGGGAUGGUUGGCUCUCCUCAAGUUCUGUGAAGUCCUAGGCAGAGCUUACUUAGCACCUUCAGUAUCUGCUCCACCCAAGACAUAAGCAGUGCUAGGUGCCCCCUGAUGGCGAUGUGAGGGACAACAGGUGUGGACUUUGAAAUACUGGUCUGUUGAAAACAUAAGGCCCCUGCCUAUCCCAACGGGAAGAGACCAAUAAAUGAUUUAGACCAAUCUUUUGAUAAAAUGGAUGAAGAGACUGACUUCUAGAGAGGUGACUUGUGAGAAACCAAGAUUUAAAUGCAACACUGUGGUUGGUAGUAUAAAGAGCACAGAAUUCAGAGCUGGAAAACAAGUAAGAAAGGGAGGAGGAAGCAAUAAAGAAUUAUUUUAAAAAAAACCUGGGGGGAAAAAGGGAGGAGGAAAGAGAUGAUAAUUUAUUGAGCACAAAUAAAUAUAACUGUUUUAUUUGGUGUCACUACAAAUGUUAUGUUAGUGACUCAAAUAAAAAAUAGUCUCAAAAAAACCACCGAGUUUCAUAGAAAUCAAAUAGCUUGGGUGUAUUGAUUCUAAUGCAGUCUACCAGACUCCAAAGUUUAUUUUCUUCUCUCUACACACACUGCUGUAAUCAGUUAUGCGAUGCUGAGCAAUUUACUUAGCAUCUGACAUGUUGUUUGCCAGUGAAUCAAGUGGAGAUUUUAUUAGUGCUCUACUCAGCUCAUGCAGACUGGUUUUGAAGAACAAAUGACUGUAUGCAAAAAUGGUUUGGAAACCGAAAGGGCUUCUCCAGUGUAAGUGGUGUCAUUAGAGUAUGAAGCUGGGACUAGUUCCAGGUGUCCUGGUUUUGAUCCUUGUAUGGUCCUGCUUCUAGCGACAGCCUGGAUCUUGGACCCACUUGUCCUUGGUCACUGUGGGCACACCCUACUUUAUCUUUCUUCUGCAGGUUUCUCCCCACCACAGACCAAUUCUACUGGCUCCAUAUCCAUGUCACUGAACAUACCCCCCUCGGGCCCUCUUCUCACGUUCAGACCCUGGUCUGGCUUGUGCCUGACAUUUUGGUCCUGGUUUGGCUCACCCUAUCAUUGCCCUUGCAGCACUUACAGUGAGCUAAAUUUUAAAGGAUGGACAGAAGGUUUUGAGACAGAGGGCACUUCCAGAUGUCAGUGCUUUAUGGGACAGAGUCAGGGUUCAUGAGAAGGGGGCCCUAAGGAACCAGAAAAAGGAAGAUAGUGUAUUCGUUUGCUAGGACUGCCAUAAACAAUUACCACAAACAGAAAUGUAUUCUCUCACAUUCUAGAAGCUAGAAGUCCAAAAUCAAAGUGUUGGUUGGGUCAUGCUUUCUGAAGGCUCUAGGGGAGGAAUCUCUCUUUGCCCCUUGUGGCCAUCCUUGGUUGCUUGACUUGUAGCUGCAUCAUUCCAACUUCUGCCCCCAUCUUCACAUGGCCUUCUUCCCCUGUGUGUCUGUGUCCAAAUUUACCUCUUCUUCUAAGAACACCAGAUAUUAGAUCAGGGCCCAACUUAACUCAGUAAGACUUAAUUUUAACAUGAUUACAUCUAUAAAAACCGGAUCUAUAAUAACAAAAGGCUAAUAUGCUAAUUAGACCAGAUAGCCGAACAACCUUCUGGAUGUCAUUCCGGAUGUCCUUCCGGAUGAAGCUGCAGUGGCGGAGGCUGAGGCAGAGGCAGAGGUAGUUAGACGUGAUCAGGCAGGCAGGAGAGCAGUUAGGGGUGAUCAGGCAGGUAGGCUAGUGGUUAGGGGCAAUCAGGCAGGCAGGCAGCAGAGGGGUUAGGGGCAAUCAGGCAGGCAGGUGAGUGGUUAGGGGUGAUGAGGCAGGCAGACAGGCAAGUGGUUAGGAGCCAGCAGUCCCGGAUUGUGAGAGGGAUGUCCGACUGCCUGCAAGGAUUGGGCCUAAACCAGCAGUCAGACAUCUCCUGAGGAGUCCCGGAUUGUGAGAGGGUGCAGCCCGG